AUGGUGCUGCCACCACCCGACAAGCGUCACGUGUGUCUUACAACAAUUGUCAUCAUGACCAGCAUGGCAUUUAUGGAUGCCUACCUUGUAGAGCAAAAUCAAGGACCACGAAAAAUUGGAGUGUGCAUCAUUGUACUGGUUGGAGAUAUCUGCUUUUUAAUUGUUCUGCGAUAUGUGGCAGUGUGGGUUGGCGCAGAAGUAAAAACAGCUAAGAGAGGAUAUGCCAUGAUUUUGUGGUUCCUGUAUAUAUUUGUUUUGGAAAUCAAGUUAUAUUUUAUAUUUCAAAAUUACAAAGCUGAUAAAAAAAAUGUAGAUACAGUAGCCCGUAAGGCAUUGACGUUGCUUUUGUCCAUCUCUGUACCAGGGCUAUAUUUGGUUCUGGUUGCACUAGACAGCAUGGAAUAUGUAAGGACAUUCAGAAAGAAGGAGGAUUUGAGAGGACGUCUUUUUUGGGUUGCGCUUGAUUUACUUGACAUUUUGGAUAUUCAAGCUAAUUUGUGGGAGCCUUACAAAACAGGACUACCAAUCUGGGCUGAAGGACUCAUGUUUUUCUAUUGUUAUAUAUUGCUCUUGAUUUUGCCAUGUGUCUCCUUGAGUGAAAUCAGCAUGCAAGGAGAACAUAUUGCCCCUCAGAAGAUGAUGCUUUACCCAGUCCUAAGCCUUGUGACCAUAAACAUAGUAACUAUUUUUAUCCGAGCAGUCAACAUGCUUUUGUUUCAAGAUAGUAGAGUGUCAACUAUAUUUAUUGGAAAAAACAUAAUUGCUAUAUCAACCAAGGCUUGCACAUUCCUGGAAUACAAAAAACAAGUGAAAGAAUUUCCUCAAAAUGCAAUUGCUCUAGAACUGCAACAAAAUUCCAUAUCACAUAAUCAGACAAUUCAUACUACUCAAGGGGCUCAUCAUGAGCAGUCACCAUCCAGGGAAAUUAUGGAUACAUGACAACAUUUUAGAUGUUUUCUAUAUUACUUGUUGGAUAGAAUUGCUUCCCAAAAGGAAGACUACAUAAAAGACUGACUGUGUCAGAAAGGGAUGGGCAAAUAUUGCUGUCAGCAUUUCUUUAUACAUAGAUUUUACCCAAAUGUUUAUCACCAGGCAAUUACCUAGCAACACAGAUACAAUGUCAGCUGUUUCCAUUUGUUUAAUGCGAUGCCUUGUAGGGGAACAUCCAUUUAGAGAACAAAACAUGCAUAAUUUCUAAUA